AAAUACCAAAGGAUUGUCAUUAAGAAGAUGAGCAUGUAGUAAUAAUUAGCAGAGUAGAGAAUUCUUGUUCAUGCUUAUUGCUUAGUUGGAACAGCAUUUUCCAUUUAUUAAAGAUGCAAGAGAUUGUGGUGGUUGAUUGUUGUAAUUGAGCAUUAAUUCAAUAAUUAAAUGAGAUUAGUGGGGUUUAACCAAGAUUUUAUUACUAUCAAACAAAUCCUAAUUCACAUGUUGGUAGAUUUUAAAAAUCAGCAUCCACUAAAUUCUGCAUGUUAUAUUGUAGAUUGUAUUUGUUCUUACAAUCCCGCCUGCUUUCAUUGUGUUGUCCGAAAGAAUUAUGUGCAUUUAUUAAUUAGUCUGUUGUCCAUAUCUACCAGUAUUCAAUGUCUACACUCCCUCCCCUCUUUCUUUCUUCUAUAUAUAAUGUCUGUAUGCACUCAUCACAUACCCUCAGACCCAGACCUCAAUUUAUAAGACAUGGGUUUUUCAGUUUUGGUCUUGAUUUUUUCGAUUUUUUCGGUUUUAUGUACUUGUUCUGUAAAUGGAUUUGUUAGUUAUAAUACUGGGAGCAAGAUUGUGGAUGGUAAAUUGAAUGUUCAUUUGGUUCCUCAUUCACAUGAUGAUGUGGGCUGGUUGAAGACUGUUGAUCAGUACUUUGUUGGAUCAAAUAGCACCAUUCAGGGUGCUUGUGUGGAAAAUACUCUUGAUUCCGUGAUUAUGUCAUUGAUGCGGGAUCCAAAUAGGAAGUUUGUAUUUGCUGAAAUGGCAUUUUUUCAACGUUGGUGGAGGAUACAAAAUCCAACAAUACAAGCAGAAGUGCGAAAGCUCGUCGAUGCUGGGCAGUUGGAAUUUGUGAAUGGUGGCUGGUGUAUGCAUGAUGAGGCUACUACCCAUUAUAUCGAUAUGAUUGAUCAGACAACUUUAGGUCAUCAUGCUAUUAAAAGCCAAUUUAAUAUAACUCCUCGAGCAGGAUGGCAGAUUGAUCCUUUCGGGCACUCUGCAGUGCAGGCUUAUUUACUCGGAGCAGAGGCUGGCUUUGAAUCUGUACAUUUUGCACGGGUUGAUUAUCAAGACCGAGCAAAGCGUAAGGAAGAUAAAUCUCUCGAAGUUGUUUGGCGUGGGUCGAAAACUUUUGGAUCUUCAUCUCAGAUUUUUGCCAACGCAUUUCCUGUUCAUUACAGUCCACCAACCGGUUUCCAUUUUGAAGUGAAUGAUGACACUGUUCCUGUUCAGGACGAUCCUCUUCUUUUCGAUUACAAUGUCAAAGAUCGAGUUAAUGAUUUUAUUGCUGCUGCCAUAACUCAGGCAAAUGUAACAAGGACAAAUCAUGUGAUGUGGACUAUGGGUGACGACUUCCAAUAUCAAUAUGCAGAGACAUGGUUCAAGCAGAUGGACAAGUUAAUUCAUUAUGUUAACCUGGAUGGUCGAGUGAAUGCACUUUAUUCUACCCCGUCUCUCUACACAGAUGCAAAAAAUGCAGCGAAUUCUUCAUGGCCACUGAAAAGAAAUGAUUAUUUCCCAUAUGCAGAUGGUGAAAAUGCCUAUUGGACUGGUUUUUUUACUAGUCGUCCAGCGUUAAAGGGAUAUAUACGUAUGCUCAGUGGAUAUUAUCUGGCAGCAAGGCAGCUCGAGUUCCUGGCAGGAAGGAGAACCACUGGCAACAGCACUUUUAGCUUGGGAGAUGCUUUAGGAAUUGCACAACACCAUGAUGCUGUGACUGGUACUGCUAAACAGCAUACAACCGAUGACUAUGCAAAACGCUUGGCUAUUGGAGCUACGGAGGCUCAAGCUGUUGUUAGUUCAGCUUUGUCAUGUUUAUCUGAUUCAAAAUCAAGCAACGCCUGUUCUACAGCACCAACAAUGACAUUUAAUCAGUGCCAGCUACUUAAUAUUAGUUACUGCCCUGUAACUGAGGAAGAUAUUCCUCAAGGAAAGAGUUUGGUGGUGGUGGCAUACAAUCCUCUUGGAUGGAACCGUACUGAGAUUAUCAGGAUUCCGGUCAAAGAUACUAAUUUAAUUGUCCAAGAUUCCAUGGGCAAUAAGGUGGAGACACAAUAUGUAGAGUUCGAUAAUGUUACAAAGAACUUGAGGAAAUUUUAUGCUGAGGCUUAUCUAGGCAGACCUCCAGAAGAGGAGCCCAAAUACUGGCUAAUCUUUCAAGCUUCUGUGCCACCAUUGGGUUGGAAUACCUACUUUCUUUCAGUGUCAACUGGAAAAGGAGAAAGAAGUGGUUAUAUUGGUGUAACAGACGGUACACAGAAUGAUGCUAUUGAAAUUGGACCAGGAAGCUUGAAGAUGUCAUUUUCUUCACAAUCAGGGCAACUUACAAGGAUUGUUAAUUCUAAAACAGGGGUUGAUAUACCUAUACAACAAAAUUAUCUCUGGUAUGGUUCAAGUCAAGGAGAUCAGUCUUCAGGUGCAUACAUAUUCCACCCUGACGGAUCACCUCCAACUAUUGUUUCAAAAUCAGUUCCUUUUCAAGUUAAGCGUGGGCCGCUUGUUGAUGAAGUUUACCAGCAAUUCAACUCAUGGAUCUCACAGGUGAUCAGAGUUUACAAAGACAAAGAGCAUGCUGAAUUUGAGUUCACUAUCGGUCCAAUUCCAACAGAUGAUAGUCUUGGAAAAGAAGUCAUCACAAAGAUUACAUCAAACAUGGUCACUGACAAAGUGUUCUAUACUGAUUCCAACGGGAGGGACUUCUUGAAACGGGUUCGAGAUUUUAGAGAAGACUGGCCUCUUCAAGUUACUCAACCUGUAGCAGGGAACUAUUAUCCACUUAAUCUAGGAAUUUUCACUAUGGAUAGUAAAACUGAAUUGUCAAUAUUGGUUGAUCAUGCCACUGGAGGAUCCAGCAUUGAAGAUGGAGAAAUAGAGUUGAUGUUCCAUAGACGCAUGAUCGAUGAUGACGGCAGAGGAGUAGGCGAAGCCCUUGAUGAGACGGUGUGCGUUAACGAUACUUGUGAAGGACUUGCGGUGCGAGGAAAAUAUUAUCUGAGCCUCAACCAGCUGGGUGAUGGAGCACAGUGGCGGCGAACAACUGGCCAAGAGAUAUACUCGCCCAUUCUUUUAGCUUUCACCCAUGAGAAUGCAGAUGAUUGGAAAGCUGCUCAUAUGACACAGACUACUGUUAUGGAUCCGAACUAUAGUUUACCUUUUAAUGUUGCAUUAAUUACUCUACAGGAACUGGAUGAUGGAAAUGUACUCCUUCGUUUGGCACAUCUGUAUGAGGUUGGUGAAGAUGCUAAAUACUCGGCAUUAGCUAAAGUCGAACUGAAGAAGAUGAUUGCUAAGAAGACGAUAAAAACCAUUAAGGAAAUGAGCUUGACAGCGAACCAAAACAAGUCGGAUAUGAAGAAGAUGGCAUGGAAAGUCGAAGGGGACAAAGCAGACGAGCCCAAACCUAUAAAAGGUGCCCCUGUAGAUCCGUCAGCUCUGAUAGUCGAGCUUGGUCCCAUGGAGAUUCGUACUUUCCUCCUGACAUUUUAAAGGCCAUUCAACACAUUAUUGUAAUUAAUUGAGCCUGAUAACUUUCUGCUUAGCAAGUAGAAUGAGUAGUAAAGGAGAUUAUAGCAAUUCAACCUAAUCAGUGAUGCAAAAUAAGUUUCUGAUAUGUCAAAGAACAAUAAUUGUAACCAGAACAGAUUCUUAUGGUAUGAAUAAAAUCUAGAUGUCUCAUUUUUAGCAA